AGAAAACCACGGCUGGCGCUCCUCCGUGGACGCCAUCUACCGUGGACAAGAGCGGGGCUGCCCGUCUGCAGUGCAUCCAUAAAUGCCGGCACCUGCCUCAACCUCGACUGAUUCCUUCCUUGUGAGCUCUGAGCUGGUUGCUGCCGCCAGGAUUGGAGGAGUGCGCGCGCGCGCAAGUGAGCCAUCACUGAGCUGUGGACGUGAAUUGCGAUCAUCCGUUCUCGCUUUCUGGGGCUCGGCUGCUGUGGCCAUGGCGCCGCCGCCGCCGCCGUACGCGCGGGUGAUGGAGGACAUGGUCAAGGGCCGGGAGUACGCCACGCAGCUGAAGGCGCUGCUCCGGGAGUCGCCCGAGGCCAGCCGCCUCGUGGACCGGAUCCUGCACGCCAUAUCCCUCACCAUCCAGACGGCCAAGGCCGCGGCCGCCGCCGCUGAGGAGGAGGAGGAGGAGGAGGCGUCCGAGGUGCAGAGCGAGGUCACCUGCACCGGCAAGAGGAAGGCCGCUGGCGGAGCGGGCAAGAGGGCCGCCGCGUGUCGGAGGAGAGCCCAGCCAUCGUCGGUUGUGACGAAGAGCGUGAGGGAUCUGGAGGACGGACACGCGUGGCGCAAGUACGGGCAGAAGGAGAUCCAGAACUGCAAGCACCCAAAGGCCUACUUCCGGUGCACGCACAAGCACGACCAGCAGUGCGCGGCGCAGCGGCAGGUGCAGCGCCGCGACGACGACCCGGACGCCUACACGGUCACCUACAUCGGCGCGCACACCUGCCGGGACCCGGCCACCGCAGCCGACGACGAGCUCCACGCGGGGUCCCGCCUCAUCAGCUUCGCGGCGGCCAACGCCACCACGGCCAGCACCACCACCACCACCGGAAACGCCAGCAACCGGCAGGCCGGACACAAGGGCGCCGUGCUGCCUGCGGAGCCCCCGAGGCAGCUGGAGGGCGGCGGCGGCGGCGGCGAGCGGGAGCAGGAGCUGGAGCUGGAGGAGGUGCUUAGCAGCCUCACCCCGGCGGGGAGCUCCGCUGCCACGGCCGAGGCGGUGCGGACCGCCACGCCCGGCCCGGACCAGGGCGACGUGACGUCUGGCCUCCAGCUGCAGCAGCAGCAGCAGCACUGGUUCGGCGGCGGCGGCCUCUCGGGCGUGGCGCACUUGGGGUACGACGACACGUUCGAUCUGGAAGACAUUGUGUUCGGCUCCAUCACCGGCGGCAUGUAUGCUGCUGAGUACUGACGGCCGGACGACGACUGGUCGACCUGCUGUGUGUUGGAGGAGAGUAGGAGACGGUAGGUAGGGUGGAGUGGAGCCAGGGCAUGUUGAUGGAUCGAGCUGUGAAUAAUGGCCUAGUUUAGUUUGUAUUUAAUAUACGAUAUAUCUACUCUGUAAGAUUAUGCCGCGGGUCUUGUAGAUCAUGUUAAGUUCAGGAGCAGAAGCUUGGCCAACAGAGAACG